GUCCAGUUACAGUCCAAGGAGCCACUUUGGGCUGUUUAUGUGCUUUGGUCAUAGCCUCAAGCUUUCUUGUCUGACUAUGAGCUUAACUGCCAUCAAUGAAGGACCACAAUACAAUACGCCACUGGGGAACUUUCACAGCUUGUCCAGACCUUUUUCAAAGGAUACUGACCUCUGAGAAAGGAUUGAUCCAGUUUGACUUCUACUCGUCAGUGACACUGAACUUUCAUGUACCGGACAAGUGUUUUUAUCAAGUGAGGAGAUGGCCAAGGUGUACAGACUCUAUGUAGGAAUGGUAACAGCUCUGGCCUUAUGCAAAUACUGCCUGGCUGAGGGGAAUGCCACAGAGGAGUCUGCCAAUCGAACUGUGUCCCUCUGUCAUCACCAUGGCAACAGAGACAAUUGCACAGACACAACGGAUACGGGGCAGUGGAAUGGCCACUUCUCAAAAUGUCCUGACGAACUAGCGCACUACUGUGUCCACGGGGAGUGUCGUUACAUUAAAGAACAAAAGGCACCAUCUUGCAGGUGUCAGCGUGGUUACAUUGGCUCCAGGUGUGAAUAUGUGGACUUGGACUGGCGGAUAGGAGAGAAACGACAAAUAAUUAUUGUCUGCAUCAUUGCAGGCCUUGUUUUCCUCAUUCUUCUCAUUGUAUUCAUCUGCAUCUGUUCGCAUCGCAGAUACAGAUUGUGUUGGCAGAGGGGAAGACGGAGAGAAGAAGCAAGGAACGGUACAGAGAAGCCCUUAAUGAUGGAUACCAGAACAGUGCACACAACCUCAACGCCAGACUCGACAGAGCCCCUUCACACAAAUGCUGUAUGAAGAGUGUGUGUGCGUACGUGUGCGUCCACAAGUCUGGGAAUCGUUGACAUAUGAGGGAUUUUGUCCUUUGUGUGACAGCUGCUGCCUUUUGUCUCACGUUGAUGGCAGUGCGCUAUAGGUGGUGCCUCUGUGCUGCACAGGACUGAGGCCUGCUUAAAGGAGGGACAUUUGUGGAUAAAGUGCUUCUCUGGCUGUGGUAGAUCAAGCAGGAGUCUGUACCCCUUCUCUUAAAGGGCAGCCUUGUCGGAAACUUAGAACAAAGAAGAUGCCUUCCUGGAUUUAUGAUAAACACAAGCUAGAGAUCAGUGUUGGGCUGGUUGUGUGCUGGCGAGGACACUUUUUUCCAAUAAUGUGGAGCAACAGACACUUGUAGCUUUUCACUAAGAGCUGCUGACUGCACAGCUCUAAACACAUUGUUGCUAUGCUGGAAAAAUCUGUGACACCAUCUGGCAGCCAGUGAUAACAGUUGAUCGGUUACUGGUCUGCGUGGGAGACACUUGGACACGUGAAAAUGAGAAG